CACCUCCAUAUCUUUAAUUCUGUAAAAUAUGUAUAGAAAUGUUAUCAAUAAUUUAAAAACAGUUAAACUAAAUUAUAAUUUAAAUAAAUUAAAUAAUGUCAGAAACGUGAGAAAUUAUGUAAAUGUUGCCAGAAUUGGUAAUUUUCCUAACAAAAAGAUUCUAGUAAGGUUUGUUAAGGUUGGAUUAGUAUCUGUUCUCUUCGGAUCCUUCGGAUAUAUCGGAUUCAACUUCGCUCCUAUCCCUCUUAAUCAUAUAGAUGAGGAAACUUUUGACAGUAAGGAUGAUUUGGUGGUUGUAAUAUUGAAAAAUAAGAGGAGUUACUCUAAAGAGCAAAUUGAGCGUCUAAAAUCAGUUCUUCCCAAACAUAUAAGCCUGUUUUACACACUAAAAAAAUCAAACACUGGGAUGAGUGUGAUGUUAUAUAAGGGAAUGAGGAAAAAGUACUACCAAACACUGAACUUGUUGGAUGAAAAAGCUCUUAACGAAUUCUCUUCAGACGUUAAACUCUUUUUUCAACCACAAUCUCAAGAAAUUGAUACAAUUAAUAAUGAUUCUAUACCACAAUUUGUUACUUACGACUCUUUCAACCAGGAUGUAAUUGAGGAAUCUAAACGAGCGCCGAUAUUGGUGCAAUUAUUUGAAGAGAAUUGCUUCCUUUGUUUUUUACUACGUCCUUUUAUAAAUUCAGUCAAUAAACACCUGAUUUCAACAAAUAAUCCUUUACGAAUUAAACGUUUAAACAUCGAGUUAAAUGACUUUCCUGAGGGCUGUCCUGUCACUAGGGCCACGCCAACUUUUGUGUAUUAUGAUGGCAAUCCCAAUGGUACUAAAUGGGAUGAAUUUAAACCUAAAGAUUUCUCUGAAAAACUUUUUAAGACAACUAUGAUGGAUGAGGAUAGUAAAAAGUAUAUAGAGGAGUUGGCAGAGAAGAUCCCCGAGCGUUUUAUGUUAUUUGGUAAACUUGCACUUUGGUUAUCUGAAUCGCAAAAGAUGCAAGAGUUAAUCUUUAAAUCGCAGUCAGAAGACUUCGAAUUAUCCAGUGAUGAAGAUUUAUACAACAAAUCCAUCAGCCUUCUCAUGGAUAUUGAUAUGAAGAGAAGUGAUGAUUUGGAGGAGAAUUUGGAGAAUUUGAAGACUGAAAUUGAAUCUGCUGAAAAAGACUGUCUCGCAAUCGCACAGCUCUUAGCACUAGAUGUCAUUAAGUCAGAAUCUAAUCUCAUCACAUAA